UUGCUGCAGUACUGCAGAACUGUGACGCGCAUCAGCCGCAGAAGAAGAAACAUCGUUAGCGGUAGUGAGUCGCGUUCAGAGAAACAGCAGCAGAAAAAUCAUGGAGGAAACCGCGAAAAAGGAGAAAAAGCAGUCCGAAAUCACGGAGGAGAAGGACAAACAACCGGCGGGGAAAGACAAGGAGAAGAAAGGGGACCAGGAGCUGUCAGAGGAGGACAAACUGCUUCAGGAGGAGUUGGAGAUGCUCGUGGAAAGACUCGGUGAGAAGGACACGUCUCUGUACCGUCCUGCUCUGGAAGAACUGCGGCGUCAGAUUCGCUCCUCCACGACCUCCAUGACCUCGGUGCCCAAACCGCUCAAGUUCCUGCGACCGCAUUACGCCAAACUCAAGGACAUCUACCAGAACAUGGCUCCAGGAGAGAACAAGCAGUUCUGCGCAGACGUGGUGUCUGUUCUCGCCAUGACCAUGAGCAGCGAGCGAGAGUGUCUGAAAUACCGUCUGCUGGGCUCACAGGAGGAGCUCGCCUCAUGGGGACACGAAUACGUCAGGCAUCUGGCAGGAGAGGUGGCUAAGGAAUGGCAGGAGAUCGAGGAAGGCGAUAAAGCUCAACAGGAAGUGCUGCUGAAGCUGGUCAAAGAGAUCGUCCCGUAUAACAUGGCCCAUAAUGCCGAGCACGAGGCCUGUGACCUCCUGAUGGAAAUCGAGCGGCUCGACAUGCUAGACACGUACAUCGAUGAAAACGCCUACGCUAAAGUCUGCCUCUACCUGACCAGCUGUGUGAGUUACGUCCCCGAACCGGAGAACUCGGCUCUGCUGAAAUGCGCUCUCAACAUCUUCCGCAAGUUUAACCGUUACCCAGAAGCCCUCAGGCUCGCGCUGAUGCUUAAUGACGUGGAGCUGGUGGAGAACAUCUUUACUUCCUGCAAGGACAUUGUCAUUCAGAAGCAGAUGUCGUUCAUGUUGGGUCGACACGGCAUGUUCCUGGAGCUCAAUGAAGAUGUGGAGGAUUGUGAAGAUCUGACGGAGAUCAUGUCCAACGUGCAGCUCAACAGCAACUUCCUAGCACUGGCUAGAGAGCUCGACAUCAUGGAGCCGAAAGUGCCAGACGACAUUUACAAAACCCACCUGGAGAACAACCGGUUCGGCAGCAGCGGCUCACAGGUGGACUCCGCUCGCAUGAAUCUGGCCUCCUCCUUGGUCAACGGCUUCGUUAACGCCGCGUUCGGACAGGACAAGCUGCUCACGGAGGACGGAAACAAAUGGCUCUACAAGAACAAGGACCACGGCAUGCUCAGCGCGGCGGCGUCUCUGGGAAUGAUUCUGCUGUGGGACGUGGACGGCGGUCUAACGCAGAUCGAUAAAUAUCUUUAUUCCUCCGAGGACUACAUCAAGUCCGGAGCGCUGUUGGCGUGUGGGAUCGUUAACUCCGGCGUUCGUAACGAGUGUGAUCCCGCUCUGGCGCUGCUGUCUGAUUACGUCCUACACAACAGCAACAUCAUGAGGAUCGGGGCCAUUUUUGGCACCAUUUUGGAGAAUAUGAGCCAAACGCAGGCAGCUUACGCUCUUCUGUGUCGGCCGCACCACAAGGAUACGUUUUCUAUGUGUAAAGGUGAGGCAAUCGAGACGACUCUAGCAGCUCUUCAAGUCGUCCCCGAACCCUUCCGCAGCUUCAGCAACACAUUGGUGGACGUCUGCGCAUACGCAGGCUCCGGUAACGUGCUGAAGGUGCAGCAGCUGCAGCAUAUCUGCAGCGAACACUACGACAACAAGGACAAAGACGACGAUAAAGACAAGAAAGACAAAAAAGACAAAGAUAAGAAGGAGACGACGGCAGAUAUGGGCUCCCAUCAGGGUGUGGCGGUGCUCGGUAUCGCUCUCAUCGCUAUGGGUGAGGAGAUCGGCUCAGAAAUGGCCCUGCGCACGUUUGGUCACCUGCUUCGUUACGGUGAGCCCACGUUAAGGAGGGCGGUGCCGUUAGCGCUCGCUCUGAUCUCCGUCUCGAACCCGAGGCUGAACAUCCUGGACACGCUCAGCAAGUUCUCACACGACGCCGACCCCGAGGUGUCACACAACGCCAUCUUUGCCAUGGGGAUGGUGGGCAGCGGCACUAAUAACGCGCGUCUGGCGGCGAUGCUCAGGCAGCUGGCGCAGUAUCACGCCAAAGACCCCAACAACCUGUUCAUGGUCCGACUCGCACAGGUGAGGCUUCACGUCUCUCAGCAACACUUCAGGUCAUGUGACUCGCUCUCGUUUUUGUUUGUUGCUGCUGUUGUUUCGACUGUUAAUGAGCGCUGGGAUCUGAGACACAUUAACACGCACAGCUCUAAACGCCAGUAAAAAUUAAUUGACUUUACUAAGGUUCUAUCUGAGAUUUUUGAUGAGGUUUCUUUUGUAAGCUGUGUAUAUUUUGGGCCUUUU